AAAAGAACCAAUCAACCACCUCAUUGUAACAAUAUGGCUUUCAAGUUUGUUUUCGCACUUGCCUUUGUAGCUGUGGCCAGCUCUGGUUAUGUUCCAGCUCAUCAAGUUUAUCAUGCUGCUCCUGUUGCCGUACAUGCCGCACCAGUAGCUGUUGCUCAUAAUGUUGUGGUCAAAUCUGAAGAAUACGAUCCUCAUCCACAAUACAAAUACUCUUAUGGUGUUGAAGACAAAUUGACCGGAGAUUCCAAGAGCCAAGUUGAAGAACGUGAUGGUGAUGUUGUUCGCGGUGAAUACUCAUUGAUUGAUGCUGAUGGUUACAAACGUACCGUACAAUAUACAGCUGAUGAUCAUAAUGGUUUCAAUGCUGUUGUACACCGUGAACCUCUUGUAAAGACUGUUGAUCACUAUGCUGCUCCUACAGUUGUUAAGACUGUGGCCCCCGUUGCUCACUAUGCCACACCCACUGUUGUCAAAACUGUUUCCCCAGUAACUCAUUAUGCUGCUCCCACAGUUGUCAAAACCGUUGCUCCAGUUGCUCACUACUCAGCACCUGUUGCCCACUACUCAGCACCAACUGUUGUUAAAACUGUUUCUCCUGUAGGCCAUUAUGCUGCUCCUGUCCAAUACACCUCAUAUGCUGCUCCUUCUUACAGCUAUCACCAUUAAACUCUAGUGAGCAUCAUUAUCGAUACAUUCGCCCUAUUUUUAAUUAUUUAGUUUGUAUUUUUAUUCGAAAUAAAAUAAAAAAAUAAAAAUGUGUUAAAAUAUUAAAAUCAAAAA